CUCUCUAACGUCGGUAUAUAUAUGUAUAUAACAAGUGCUGGAAUAGAGCCUUCUGAGAAUUUAUUUAUUUUUUGUUUAUUCUUUUGUGUACACAAAUUAUCAAAUCCCAAAAUGGGUUUUCCUUUCUUUACAAGUUACAUAGUGGUAAAAUUUUGCCACCUCUUUCCCCUGCUCAUCAUCUCUGUUCUUCUCUUUAUCUCCGAUGGAGCUCAACCUGCUAACACAACCAAAGUUACAAAUAUCGGUGUAAUCAUUGAUGUCACGUCCCGAAUCGGGAAAGAAGAGAAAACAGCCAUUGAAAUUGCAGCUGCAAACUUCAACGGCAAGCUGUCCCUCCAUUUCCAGGACUCUGGCCAAUUAGACCCCCUUCAAGUUGCUUCUGCUGCUGAGGAGCUGAUUAAGGAAAAGAAAGUGGAUGUAAUUAUUGGCAUGAACAAAUGGGAGGAAGCCGCACUCGUAGCUUCUGUUGGAAACAGGGAAAAAGUUCCUAUCAUUUCAUUCGCAGCUCCCGCCAGAACCCCACCGCAGAUGGAACACCGCUGGCCUUUCUUGAUACAAAUGGCUAACAACGGUUCUGAACAAAUCAAAUGCAUUGCAGAUAUUAUUCGGGAGUACAAAUGGAAAAGGGUUGUGGUGAUAUAUGAAGAUGAUGCGUACGGCAGUGAGUCAGGGAUGUCGGCUCUGCUCUCCAAGGCUCUGCAGGAUUUUGAUUCAGAGAUUGAGUACCGUUUAGUUCUUCCCCCACCUUCUUCUCUGUCUUCUCCAAAAGGGUUUGUUCUGGACGAGCUGCUGAAGCUGCAGAAAGCAACAAAAUCUCGAGUUUUUGUUGUUCUUCAGUCAUCGUUGUCGAUGUUGACUCAUUUGUUCAGAGAAGCUUAUAAAGCUGGACUUGUAGGGAGAGAGUCAGCUUGGAUUCUCUCUGACAGUGUAACAAGUUUCCUGGAUUCUGUUGACAGCUCUACUAUUUCCUCUAUGAAAGGUGUUUUAGGGAUCAAGAUCACCUACAACUCUAGUACUACUGAUUCUUAUACAGAUUUCUAUACUGGGUUCUCAAAAAAAUUCCAAUCCGAGUAUCCAGAGGAAGCUAAUCCUAAGCCGGGAAUUCAUGCUCUACGAGCAUAUGAUAGCAUUACAGCCAUUUCACUGGCCAUGGAGACAACGACAGAGAUGUUGUUAGGGAAUAUCGUAUCAAGCAGAUUCUCUGGUUUAAGUGGAGAAAUACGUUUCGAAGAAGGAAAGCUGAUGCAAAUUCCCCCAUUGAGGAUUGUAAAUGUGGUUGACCAGGGGAAUAAGAGGUAUGAAGAAUUAGAGUUUUGGGUACCAGAGAAAAGCGCACAACGUUUGGCUGGCUCGGUAAUUUGGCCCGGGAAAUUUAGCAGAAGAUCACCAAAAGGCUGGGCAAUGCCUAGUGAUGGGAAUCCAUUGAUAAUUGGAGUUCCUGGUAGGACUUCGUUCGAGAAGUUUGUGAAGGUAGAUAACAGCAGCAAAGAUGAUAUCAAAUAUGAUGGUUGGUGCAUUGAAGUUUUCAAGAAGGUGCUAUCUAAUUUGAGUUAUAGUUUGCCAUAUGAAUUUCAGCCCUUCUAUGGCACCUAUGACGAAUUGAUUAUCAGAGUCUCUAACAAGACUUAUGAUGCUGUGGUUGGUGACGUGACCAUAUUGGCUAACAGAUUGGAAUACGUGGAAUUUACUCAGCCAUACGUCGAGUCAGGUUUGUCCAUGAUAGUUCCUGCAAAACCUGAAGGGUCAGCAGCAUGGAUGUUUUUGAAGCCUUUCACUUGGGAAAUGUGGGCUGUGACUGGUGCCAUCAUGCUUUAUACAAUGCUUAUAAUUUGGUUCUUGGAGCAUCGAUUCAAUCCAGAAUUUAGUGGCGCAUUGAAGAAUCAGAUUGGCACCACGUUUUGGUUCACAUUCUCCUCUCUGUUCUUCGCUCACAGAGAGAAAAUUAAUAGCAACUUGACCCGAGUGGUGGUGGUAGUAUGGCUUUUUGUUGUGUGGAUCUUAACCUCGAGCUACACUGCUAGCCUGUCUUCUAUGCUCACUGUGCAACGAAUGCAACCUGUUAAUACAGAUAUCGAGUAUCUAAAGAGCAGCAACUCAAGAGUUGGUUGUGAUAAUGAUUCAUUUGUCAGGAAUUACCUGGAGGAUGUGAUUGGAUUCAAUUCACAUAACAUCAUCACAGUUUUUAAUGAAACUGAUUACACAGGGCUAUUUGAGAACAAGACCAUAACUGCAGCCUUUCUAGAACUUCCAUAUAAGAAGCUUUUCAUCAACAAGCAUUGCAAGGGAUACACUGCCACCACACCUACCUAUAAAUUUGGAGGAUUUGGCUUUGCAUUCCAGAGAGGUUCCCCAAUAGCCAGGGAUUUUUCAGCAUCAAUUUUAAGGUUAUUAGAAGACGGUAAGCUCACACCACUCGAAGAUGAAUGGCUGACUCCUUCGAAGGAGUGUGCAGUGAAUGUAACAUCCACUAGUGCAGAACAUUUGAGCCUCCAGAGCUUCUGGGGUCUCUACCUUAUAUCUGGUGCAAUUUCUACCAUUUGUUUUCUACUAUCAUUAAUCCGCUUACUAAAGAGUUAUCAACAUCAACAAGAAGCAUGCGAAGGCAAUGCAACUCCAAGUGAUACAAGUGCUUGGAACAAGGCGGUUGGACUUGCAAGAUACUUUUACAAUGGAGAGAUCAAUAGUCCAGGGAGAUCUCCUUCUUUUGCUCCCACCACAGAUGAAUGGAUUUCUUGGGAGUACGUGAGCACCUCUGAUACUCCGGACAAUAUUCAUGCCUCAGCACCUGCUGAAAUUGAAAUGCCAUAGACCUCCUUAUAUAUUGAAUGCACCAAAACUACAAAAGUUAGGAAUUAUAAGGUGAAGAAUUUAUGAGCUUCUUGUCAUAUUGGUUAUAAAUACAUUUCUUUUUUUUCUUUUU